AUUUUAUUAUUAUUUAUUCCUCUGCAGCCUAGAAGACAAGAACUAGAGGAUAUAGGACUAGGAAUUUAAUGAACAGGGCUAGAAGAAUGCCAGGACUUAUUCCUCUUCUAAUCCUUCUCCCUGCAGUCUCAGCGCAAUGGAUAACUCUGCAGGAAACAAGGAAUGUUAAAAUCGAGGGAAAAGUGUUUGUUUGUAAAUAUGAACUGGUUUACCAGGGUAACCUGGAGCUUGAUGAAUCUUCAAACUCUGUCCUAUGUGCCCCUAACAUUAGGAAGAAGGGGAGGGCGAUUGAGAGCUUCACUAUUUUGGACAAGAACGUGACAUUAGAGCACUGGGUAAAGAAGGGAGUAGAUACCAUUAUCUCAACAACCAUUACAGAUCUACCUAAAGCAGAAGUUCCCGCAAGUGAGAUGAAUUGUAAAUGCAAGAUUAAGAAAGCUCCUCAGAUGUCGGAUCCAAGCAAAUUUUUUGACAAAUUAAGUCAGGUUCUAGACAGUGUUUUGUCUCCUGAUCUCUCCAGAACCAUACCAUCAGGAUUGAACACUAAGGAGUCUAAAAGGGCACUAUUUGGAGGACUUUUUGGAGGACUUCCAGCCACCCAAACUGGAACUCAAAACGGAGGCCUUCUUGGUGGCGGAGGUUUGCUCGGAGGCGGAGGCCUGUUUGGCGGAGGUUUAAAUACUGGAGCAACCACAGGAACUCAACCUGGAGGGCUCCUUGGAGGCACUGGUCUAUUCGGCGGAGGUUUAAAUACCGGAGGCACUACAGGAACUCAAACUGGAGGGCUCCUUGGAGGCACUGGUCUGCUCGGCGGAGGUUUAAAUACAGGAGGAACUGGAACUCAAAGUGGAGGGCUCCUUGGAGGCACUGGUCUGCUGGGUGGAGGUUUAAAUACAGGAGGAACUGGAACUCAAACUGGAGGACUUUUUGGAGGCACUGGUUUGUUUGGUGGAGGCUCAAAUACUGGAGGAACAACAGGAACUGGGAUAUCAGCAACUACAGGAACUCAAACUGCAGGAACAGGUCUACUUGGAGGUCUCCUGGGAGGAGGUGGAGGUGGUCUCCAGGGUAUGAUCACUCAGGCCAUGAUGGAUCAAGUAACGAAGAAUCCAGAGAUGAUCACUAACAUGGCCCAAUCUUUUAUAGAAAGCGGUGCUUUGGAGAAGAUGGUUGGACAGAUGGUUGAGAGUGGGAUGGUUGAGAAAACUAUCCAGAAUAUGAUUGAUACUGGAGCUGUAGAGAAGGUUGUGGAGAAGCUGAUGGAGAGCGGAACUAUAGAGGAUAUCAUAUCACAAGCUCUUGAUCAGUUAGACACAGAUCAGAUCGGACAACUCUUCGAACAAUUCGGAGAAAAUGAAGAGGAGAUGAAAAACUUCUUUGACAAAUUGAUCGAGGAGUAUUUUGGAAAUAUUGAUACAGAGAUGAUAAAUGAGGUUUUGUCUGAGCUUGAAAAUGUGGAAGCUGAGCUUGACUGUAGCUGUGUCCCCAAGCAGAAAUAAGCAAAAUUUACAAAGAGAAAACGACAUCGGGACCGGAAUUAUUAAUCAGUGCUGCACGUGAAUACAUGAAAUGGAAUAAGUUGGCGGAAUAUUUUUGUAAAAUGGGAAUAUUUGUAAAAUGGGAAUAUUGUAGCGGAAUCUUUAAUAAACAUUUUGAGCAUCAUUA